AUGGCGCUCGAUACGUUCCAACUGCGCGAUAAAGCGGUGCAGGACAGAAUUCGCAAUGCCACCGAAUUCCUGGACCCUACCGACGAUGAAGCCAGAUCCUACCGAGGCGACAUUGUGUUGAUGCUCAACCGCGGCCUGCGAAGACUCGUGGUCAGCAUCGACGAUAUCAGAGCACACUCACGGGAGCUCGCCGACGGUAUCCUCUACAAGCCAUUUGAUUAUUCCCUCGCCUUCGACGCCGCGCUCAAGAAAGUCAUCGGCACGAUCCCAAACCGACCUCCCUUCGAGCAAGAUGAAGAUCGCUUAUACUAUGUCGCGUUCUCGGGAUCGUUUGGAGAAAAUACCUGCAAUCCGAGGACCUUGGGGAGCUCAUUGCUCAACCGAAUGGUCUGCUUGGAAGGAAUUGUCACAAAGUGCAGUCUAGUACGGCCAAAAGUUGUCAAGAGUGUGCAUUGGAACGAAAAAAAGCAAACCUUCCACUUCAGAGAGUACAGAGAUCAAACAAUGAGCGCAAACGCGCCCGCUAGCCUGAGUGUCUACCCGCAGGAAGACGGAGAGGGGAAUCCGUUGGUCACCGAGUACGGCUACUGCACAUACCGAGACCACCAGACAAUCAGCAUACAAGAAAUGCCAGAACGAGCACCGGCCGGUCAGCUCCCGCGAGGUGUCGAUGUCAUCAUGGACGAUGACAUGGUCGACCGAGUCAAGCCUGGAGAUCGCAUCCAGCUGGUUGGCAUCUUCAGAUCCCUGGGCAACAGAAACGCUGGGUCGGGCUCCUCUAUCUUCAGGACCCUGAUCCUGGCCAACAACGUCGUUUUGCUAUCAUCGAAGUCUGGCGGUGGGAUCGCAGAAGCGCAAUAUACCGACCAGGACGUGCGAAACAUCAACAAGUUUGCCAAAAAGCACAACAUUUUCGAACUGCUGUCACAAUCACUGGCGCCCAGUAUUUACGGACACGACUAUAUCAAGAAAUCGAUUCUCCUCAUGCUGCUAGGAGGUAUGGAAAAGAACUUGCCGAACGGUACUCACUUGAGAGGUGACAUCAACAUCUUGAUGGUUGGUGAUCCCUCAACCGCAAAGUCCCAGCUUCUGAGAUUUGUGCUCAACACUGCUCCCUUGGCAAUCGCCACAACUGGCCGCGGUUCUUCGGGAGUCGGUUUGACUGCCGCCGUCACCACAGACAAAGAGACCGGCGAGAGGAGGCUCGAAGCUGGUGCCAUGGUCCUCGGAGAUCGUGGCGUGGUUUGCAUUGAUGAAUUCGACAAGAUGAGCGACAUCGACCGUGUUGCCAUCCACGAAGUCAUGGAACAGCAGACCGUGACUAUUGCGAAAGCCGGCAUUCACACAUCACUCAAUGCCAGAUGCAGUGUCAUUGCUGCCGCCAACCCCAUAUUUGGCCAGUACGACAGCAACAAGGAUCCACACAAGAACAUUGCCCUACCAGAUUCUUUACUGUCACGUUUCGAUUUGCUCUUCAUCGUCACAGAUGACAUCGACGAUAAGCGAGACCGCAUGAUAUCUGAGCAUGUCCUCCGAAUGCAUCAAUAUCGCUCGCCUGGGACCGAGGAAGGUGCACCCGUUCGCGAACAAGCUAACCAGAUCUUGGGAAUCGGCGUUCAAGAGGAGCACAAUGCGAAGCAGACAUCUGAAGUGUACGAAAAGUACAAUGCCGUCUUGCACUCUGGAUUCACCAUUGCAGGCUCCAGUAGACGUCGGAAUGCUAACUCUCAAGCCCACCCUGUCAGCAUGCCGUUCCUGAAGAAGUACAUCCAAUACGCCAAGAGCCGAUGCAAACCCAACCUGACCAAAGAAGCGAGCGAUUAUAUUGUCAAUGCUUAUGCGGACUUGAGAAACGACCAGAUGAAGGCGAACCAACGUCGAACCAGCCCAAUCACGGCCCGAACGUUGGAAACCCUGAUCCGUCUGUCGACUGCCCAUGCGAAGGUCAGAUUGUCCAGUCGCGUUGAGAAGGCGGAUGCUCUGAUAGCAGAGGAGCUCCUGAAGUUCGCCUUGUUCCGUGAGAUCCCCGAGAAGGUGGACGGAAGAAGAAAGAGACGCAAGACUCGCGAUGCAGAUGCAGACAGUUCCGAAGAGACCAACAACUCUUCCAGUGAUGACGACGACGAUAGUGUUGAUGGUGAUAUAGCAUAUCGCGGCACCAGACCCGGUGGCAGCGGGCGUGGCUCGAAGCCUCAGACUCGCAGCCAACGAUCCGGACGUACCAACGCCAGAGCUUCUGGACGUGGCACUGGACUAGCCGAUGCCGAAGAUUACGACCAUGAAGUCUCUGGAGAGCAGCAGCAGCCCACCAGCUCUCGACACUCCAGACACACAGGGGCAGAGUCACAAAUGUCCCGCAUGAGUAUCGCCAGCUCUUUGCCCAGCUCCCAACUUCCCUCCACACAGGCCGACACUCAAUCGCAGGGCGAGACUCAAGAGCCACCACCAGCCGCCAUCUCAUCCGCACGUCUCGACAUGUUCCGUCGUGCUCUCGGUCCGUUGAUGGUCACUUCCCUGUUCCAGAAUGACAUGGCCACCGUGCCAGAUGUCACGGCUGCGGUCAACCAUGCGAUGGAGCAGAGGAACCAAGAGGAAUUUUCCGACGUCGAGGUCCUUGCCGCACUCAAGGAGAUGGGAGACCAGAACCUGAUCAUGUUCCUAGAGGACAGUGGCGAGGUUUACAAGCUGUAAUGAAGAAGGGAAAUAGCUGGCCGUGCUUUUUGGGUUUUGGAUUUUGUGAUUCGUUUAUGUACUGUUUGUUGCGUGUUCGAUGUUCUCGACUGAGGGCAUAUAUCUGCGGCGCCGUGGAAGGGAACGGGUGAACGAGUUUAUGGUCAGGUA